AUGCCCACCUACGUCAUCACCGGCUCCAACCGCGGCAUCGGCCUCGAGUUCGUCCGCCAACUCACUCAAUCCCCAGAUAACACCGUCCUCGCCCUCGUCCGCAACCUGUCCAAGGGCCAUUCGGAUCUCAAGGCCCUCGCCAACGAAAAGACUCACAUCUUCGAAUGCGACACCUCCUCUCUGGCUUCCAUCCGCGAUUUUGCCAAGACCGCCCGCUCCACUCUCGGAGACAACAAGAUCGACUACGUCAUCAACAACGCCGGCAUCAACCUCUCCAGCCAAAACUCGUCUUUACAGUUGGCCCCUGAUGACUUGCUCGAGACCAUCAAGACCAACGUCAUCGGUCCCGCGAAGGUGGUCGAGUUCUUGCUCGAGCAGGGCGUGCUCAGCGACAACGUGAGGGUGCAGAAUACGAGCUCUGGAUUGGGUUCCAUCAAGAGGACGGCGGAUAGCGAGGAGAGACAGUGCGCGGGGUAUUCGAUCAGCAAGGCGGCGUUGAACAUGUUGAGCGUGCAUUUGGCGGCGGAUCUCAGAAAGGUGUUGAAGGGUGCCGUGGUCAUCAUGAUGUGCCCGGGGUGGGUGAAGACGGAUAUGGGUGGUGAGAGCGCAAUGUUAAGCCCGGAGGAGAGUGUGAGUGGGCAAUUGAAGGUGUUGCAGGGACUGAAGGAGGAGGAUACUGGCAAGUUUUAUCAGUAUUCCGGGGAUCAGUGGUCUUGGUAG